AUGUUCCUUCUCGAUGCUCUUGCACAAACUGAAUAUUCAGUUUGGUGGUGGUGCUGUUCAUUACUCGGAGCGACCAUGCUCAGUAUUCUUUUCUGUGUGGUCCUCAAACGGUAUUGUAAUGGACCCAUGCUUCCCGAUGAGUUAGCCAAUUCUAAGGAAUCUCUUGUUGGAAGAGUGGUAGUCAUUACAGGAGUCUCUCCGAAUGGCAUUGGAUAUGAAACGACUCGAGUGUUGAUGGAACGAGGUGCUACCAUCGUGAUGGCUGUUCGUGAUGUUGAUAAGGGAAAACACACUCGACAAACAUUGUUGGAAUCAAUUGUCAAUGAAACGAAACGAUCAAUGGCAAAGGUUUAUGUCAUGCAUUGUGAUUUGAAUGAUUUGGAUAGUGUGGCUAGUUUUUGUGAAGAUUUUAGAAAUGAUUUUAAAGAGAGAUGUCACAUGUUGAUUUUGAAUGCUGGAAUUUAUGAACCAAAUCCUUCCAUGACAAAACAAAAAAUUGAAUCAAAUUUUGGAGUGAAUCAUUUAGCUCACUUCUUAAUGACAUGUCUCUUGUACGACAUUUUGAUCAAAUGCAGAGCCAGAGUCAUUGUAUUAACAUCCAUACUUCAUGAAUAUUACCAUCCCCAUCUCGAAAUGUUCAAAGAACCAAAAUUAUUCCUCAACAAUAAUGGCUCUAAAAUCAAAGAGGACAUGUACAGCCGAUCGAAAUUUGCAAAUAUUCUCUUUUGUAAGAAACUGGAUCGAAUGUUUGAAGAAGCUACUUGCUCCGAUCCUUCUUCUCCAACGUUAUCCACAUCGGAUCGAGCUCAUUGUUAUUGUGUGCAUCCAGGAUUGGUCUCUACCAACAUUACACAACGAAUUACCAAUCCAUUUUCACUUGUCUUUUACAAAGUUAUUGGAAAAUUAAUUUCUAAGGAUGUUGUUCAUGGAGCUCAAACCACCUUGUAUUGUGCUCUUCAGAAACCAUCCUUGUUGCAAGGAGGUGGUUAUUAUGCAGAUUGUGCAGAUCGAAGACCACACCGAUUGGCAAUUUCCUCAAAUAUGCAAGAUGAUUUGUGGCAAUUGAGUUUGAAUUUAUGUAAAAAGUAUAUUCCUGAAGAAAGUGAUGAUGAAGCUGUGCAAUUGUAA